GGGGCGCUGCAACCCGUCAGGACGUCAGUUUGCUGUCGUACCGCGACACGGUCGGAUCUUAUUUCGUAAUCAUUACGUACACGUACGUACACGUAUACACGCGCGCAAGAAUUGUUAGUAAAAAUUAUUUGUUUCGAAAUCGUAACGGUUUUCUCGUGAUAAAUAAUCGAUAAUAAACGCGUAUUUAACAUGAAAUGACACUAAUCACGUGAUCGGUGAUUCGCGAUACGAAGUGAGAAAGGAUCGUUUAAUCUCUAGUUUCGAACGUUUUUUGUUCGCGAUUGACACGUUCGUUGAAUUUCAUGUGCAAGUGUUCGUGUUAACUCGCUUAGAUUUUGUGUAUAUGAGGUCGAGUUAAGUUUCGUGUCUUCGUAAAAAUAAAAUAUACACGAUUGAAGGACGUAUCCUUUCGAGUGUCACAAGAGAGAGCACAGUGUUAAAAAUAAAAUUUAUAUUGAAACUUGGAAGGUUAAGUGAUACGUUUGUUGACAUCUAUAACACUGUUGGAAAAUGUUAUUAUGUGGAAAUAAUUAUUAAAACGCAUAUUCACGAGCAAUAUUUGAUCGAGGAGAAAAAUUUGAAUUUUUGUUUCGCGUUAUAUCCACCGUAGCGUUGUGUGCGAUCGAGAAUCGAAGGUGCGCUGCAAUCGAUCUAUCGAUAGGAUCGAAAGUUGAAAUGUUCGUGAAAGAACAUCGAAUAUGCGAAACAGGAGUGUGCAGUUAAUCGACGCAUGUACGCGUAACCGUCAUGGCUCGUUAUCGAAAGAGUUUCAAUUAAAUCUCUCGUGAGGAAGGUCAAGUGCGCUGUUCGGUUUUCAGUUUUAAUUAAAAUACCCCUGAGAUUCCCUAUUGUCGUGCUUGUGUUUAAAAUUAAUUAACGACGGGUAAAGACAGCGGCAGAGAAGGCGAAUAAGUAAGGUUAUGACACGUCCAAAGUGCGAAGAAGGUAAUAAUAUAACCUAUAAAAAAUCAAUGGGCAUCGUGCGACAAUAGAAUUGACGGGAGUGUUUUCCGCUCGAACGAUUCGAUAUAUCGAUCGUGGAAAGGAUAGAAGAAAAAACAGUAUCGAUGUGUUCUCUGUGGUUGAAUUCGCGUGUGCGGCGACUUAACAAGAGAGUUCGAUCAGAUUUUCGUUAAACGUUUUUUCGCGAGUGAGAAAUUGUGUUGCGUGCGGAAAGAGGACAUAAUCGUAGAAGGAUAAGUGAGAAAAAAAAUGGGAAAAAAGUGAGCAGCCUUUUCAACCUGUGACGUACCUACGACGGAGCGAUGAAAACGGCAUAGCAACGGCAAUAGCUCGUCCCAACGUCCAACGGGCACGUAUUAUGUGAGGUGAAACUUGCAACGAGGGAAACGAAGAUGUCCGCCAUCAGCGUGGCUGCAUGGCUGCUCAGCGCCGUCGCUUUCGCCGCGAUUAAUAACGGGGCGCACUGCUACAGCAUGCUGCACGGAAGCGGCGGAAAGAAUAACAACGUUCAUCAGAACAGCCUGGAUGACAGCAGUACGCAAUACGGUCCGUACUUCGACAUGUCGAAUUCGAAGAACGUGACCACCAUCCUGGGCAAAACUACGUACUUGAAUUGCCGCGUGAAGAAUUUAGGGAACAAGACGAUGACGUUGCAGGUUUCCUGGGUCCGGCACAGGGACGUCCAUCUGCUCACCAUCGGCCGUUACACGUACACGAACGACCAACGAUUCAGGCCGAUCCACAACGCGCAGACGGACGACUGGACACUAGAAAUCAAAUAUCCGCAGCUUCGGGACAGCGGUUAUUACGAGUGUCAAGUAUCCACGACGCCGCACAUGAGUCACAUCGUAUAUCUGGAUGUGAUCGAACCAAAAACCGAAAUUUUGGGUGCACCAGAUUUAUACAUCAAUCGAGGCAGCACGAUCAAUUUGACUUGUGUGGUUCUCUUAAGUCCAGAACCACCAGCCUUUAUAUUUUGGAAUCAUAACGAUGCCAUAAUCACCUACGACCCGACCAGAGGCGGUGUAUCCGUGGUCACGGAGAAAGGAGACAUCACCAGGAGUUUCCUGCUCGUGCAGGAGGCGAAACCAUCGGAUUCUGGCCGAUACACUUGUAAUCCAAGCAACGCUCAACCAAAAUCAAUCACCGUUCACGUAUUGAAUGGAGAGUAUCCCGCGGCAAUGCAGCAUGGCGGUCAAGCCAAGCAACCAAGGCUCUACUCCCUCCUCCUCUGCCUGUGUCUGCUACUUUACUAACCGUUUCGUGAAAACGCUGCUCUUCCUUCCCCCUCGUGUGGAGAAACGGCGAACGAGAGAACUUUCGCCGUUUGAAAUCCGGCCGUUCGGGGAUACGCCUUUGACGUAGAGUGUAUACGUGCAACCGGGAAUCGUAUGGUGGUGCAGUGACUCAUAACGAACACGCCAAGACCACAAUGCCGGUACAUCGAUAAUAAUAGCGUGGACGAGUAAAAAAAAAUAGUGUAUGUGUCGUUCGAGUGGUCGAUACGCGACGAUCACGACGAUCGAAGUUUCGAAUGCUCGAGACGAACUAAUGAAAAUCGGAUCGUGUAACAUCCCUGUGAAGAUGCUACACGAUUAUUCAAAAACGCGAUGUCGCAAACGCGCGAAAGGGACUGCAAUGAGAGGGCGGCGAUGCGACAACACGUGAAAACAAAGUGACUGGUAGUAAUCACGAACGAAUACGCGACACGUUCGACGCGAGAAUAACGAAUAGAGAAACGAUUGAGCUCGAUGCGGUUGCGGGAAAUCGAGACGAAGAGGAGAAGGAGAAAUGGAAUGGAAGAAAGAAGACGGAGAACGGAACAAGCAUCGGGACAAAGGCCAAGAUCAGAGUACAAAGGAUCGCCUUUCCUCCGCAAUUAUUCACCCACGCUGACAGGAUGUGUACGAAAGAAGGAAGGCAGAGGGCAAAAACGAGCGAGAAAGAGAAAAUGAGGAAAGGAUCGAUAGGGUAAAAAUUGUAAUUUUUAUCGUGUAUUGUCGUCGAUGUGUGCGAUAUUCUCGUUGGCCAAUUGGCGAUUGUUAAAGACUUAAUAAUGGAAAAGAACGAGCGUUCGAUACGCAGCGCUCGCGAAAUCAGGCCUCCAUGCCGAAUUCGCGGACCACACUCUUACUACACGGAACUCUAAUCCUCGUCACGUCGAUGUACACGAUGCUUUUCGAUGGAGACGAUAUGAGUUCCACGACAUAUCUCUCGAAUAAUGAAAGAAAUUAGAAAAAAAGAAAAAAAAAAAGAAAUAAGAGGAUCUCUCUCGAGAUAAGAAUUCUAGUCAUGUAAGAAUCGACUUCUCACACACAACGUUUUUUCUAAGGGAUGCAUCUAUUCCGCUUUUUCAUUUGCCAACAUGAUCGUUUUUCCUUCAUCUAUUUACAUCCUCUUUCUCGCUCGGUUGCUUUCAACGCCAUCUGGUCACACGUAAGAGGUACUAAAUUACGAAACAGGAGCAUGAUUCACGUGUACAUACAGAAAUCGGUAUAUACGAUUGACCCCUCGAACAUUACGAGAUCGAAGAUCGCAUUCCACGAAUAUUUCAUCAUUGUUAUUAUAUCAUAUAAUUAUUAUCAUGUUAUCAAUGUUAUCAUCCUAUUACAUUAUAUUAUUUUAUCUCUUUAUUAUAUUAUAUUAUAUAAUAGAAUCUCUAUUGUCCGAAUUAAUUAAGAGAGAUAAUCAUUCAAAGGGAUUUUUCGGAACACAGACUUUUCGUUAACGAAUUAUUCUAUGUUUUGAGAAAAAUAAUUGUAAAAUUGAAAUAAUAUAGAAUAUAUAAUUAUUAUAAAAUUAAUUAUUUUAAUUUGAAACAAAACUUUUUUAAUAUAUGAAGAUACAUAUACUUUGCGAUUAAUUUUUCAUUUCACUCCUUCUAUUUUUUAAUACUAUUGCGAAUAUUAUAUACUUUUAUCAAUUAUAACAUUCUCAUCGCUCUCGUAAUUCUUUAAAUAUUUCGUUUCAAUAGUUAUAUAGGAGUAUAUUACGUGCCUAAUAUCAAUUUCAAAUUAAAUCUUAUUUUCAUUGUUCAUAGAAAGAUGUAUAUUUAUAUUGUUGUUAAUAUUAUUUAUAUUAAGAUAUUCUAGACACUGUACUUUAAUAUAUGCGUUGAAUAAAAUAAUAUAUAUUCAUCAUUUCUGUGCAAUAAUUUCAAUCAUAUGUACGAAUAUAUACGAUAUAUAUACAUAAUUGCUCAAGGGGUUAAUCGUAAUGAAUGAAUUUCAUGGGCUGAACGCAAGCUGAACGAAACUCGACUGCGGCCGAACAAUUAAUUUGUCACUUAUCACCACUCCGAUCAUAGUAUUUACUUUGAUUACCGAUACGAGCAAAGUUCCACGAUAUAGCGAACUGUUAUGUUUCACAGAAAUCGAUGAACGGUGUAUAUAGGAUGGAAUUAAAACACGUGUAAAUGAAA